AUGGCCGACUCGACCGAAACCAACUCAAUCUUAUGCGCCAUGUGCACAGAAGUCGGAACCAAAGUUUGCAGUGGCUGUCAUGAGAUUCGCUACUGCUCAAAGCAGUGUCAGAAAAGCGAUUGGCCCAUUCACAAGCUUCUAUGCAAGACCCUUGACGACUUCUCCGACGACAAGCGACCCCAAAAGGACGGCAGAGAGUACAAGCGCGGGAUCUACUUCCCCAAGGCAGGCGAAACCCCACACUUCGUCUGGUUACCCUUCUAUGGUGACCCUAACACCGGUACUUCGGUCUUAGACACCGCUGCAGUGCCCGAGCUCAUGGAGGGUUUGGAGUCGAUAGAGAGGUGGUGUAUCGGAGACAACCAAGUACUACAUCGUGAACUCGAUCGACAUCUGCAUCUAGCAACCAGGGAGCAAUCUUUCAAUCGGGAUCAACCAUCAUCAGGGACACCGAACAAGAGUCUGGAAAAGGUUGAUCAAGAGCUAUCGGAUUGGUUCAAAGGGCCGAUACUGGCCUUUGGCUCCGAGCACGGUGCCAAAUGGCCGCAUGAGUGCUACGAUCUAGGACCUAUGGAUUUCCGUCAUCUCGUCGACUGCUUGAGAGUGAACCACUACGGACUGGGCUUCGAAGAGGAGUACGUCGAGGGCAAAGGCGAGAAAGUCGUCGGUGUGAGACUAAACUGCGUCGGAGAUGAGAACAUAACGCUACGUGACUCACUAGAGUCGGUCGGCCUCUCGAAAUCCAUCUGCGAUUCUGAGUCUCAUAUGGCCACCUCUGUUGCUGAGCGAGUCGGUGUCUCCCUCGUGGUGCGAAAGAUUCCCCUCGCAUUGGGCUGGCGCGACAGAACCUUCCUCGGAAUGCCAACCCACCACAACUGCGGCGCUGCUGAGCUGGACGUCGAUGGCGACAAGGGAUUAUGGCGUGCGGAGCGAUUCAUAGUCUCGCCGAAGACACCUCAACAGCUCUUGCGGAGCAUGAGGAACGCGACCCCGAUCGGCACCCUCGUCGUCGCUCGAAGAGACGGACAGCCGCUCAAACUGGCUCUGUUGAUGGGUAUACGGGACUACACUGUGUCCAAGGCCAGGACUACAUCCACAGAGGGUAUCAGCAUCAAGGAGUGGACUGAGAAAGUGUUGGACAGUGUCUCGAAAGAGGAAUUCCAGGUGUGGUACGCGGACUAUGUUUGCGAACUUCUUAAUGAUCCUCAUUUCGACCCUCAGAACGCUUGAGUUCCUCAUGCUAGUCUUGGAAUUGGAUGGUCGAAACUGUGGCUGACAAUCUUUGGCGGCUAUAUCGCAGAGAGAAUCGGUGGACUUGUACUUCUGAAUGUCAGAAAUUGCGCCUACUUGGAAACGGAUGGAUACUUGCUGAAGAUCACUUAUGACAAGGCGCCAAGCAUUGGAAUUCGAGAGAGAGGCAACC